GCAGGGUCGGCAUAUUGCAGUCAUUGUGGAACUCCUCGGCACGAAGCGGCAGAGGCCGAUUGGGGUGGUUGGUACGAAGGGACCGCUUACACUCAACAAUCUCCACAGGAGGCAUCCUGCCGCUCCGGAUUGGACGGGGGGCAAGGGAAGCGACAGAAAGAAUGCCAAGGGGGCAUUCGGAAAAGGCAAAGGCCAGUUGAUGGCGCCGGAUGUCAAAGACUUGCUGCAUGCGCCGAAGCCAGGGAGUCUCAAUGCAGCUCCGAAGGCAGCGGGAAUAUCAACCGGUUGGAGUUCGGAUGCAUUACUCAUGGCGCUUCUCCCGCAUCUACCACAAGAUGGACUUCCGUUAGCAAUCCAGGCUCAGAUCGGUACCUUCAAGCAAAGCAACACUGGUUUGGAAGGGAAGCAAUUGCAUGCACUGGUAGCUCAAAAAAGCCAGGCCGAGAAGGAGAUCAACAAGAUACAGCUUCAACGCGACAAAUACGAGCGGGGAUGGGCGCAGUAUGUGGCCCAGAUGAGCGAGCUCUUUAUGCAACAGUUGACACACCACGAAGAAGUCAUGCAACAGUUCGAUCAAGCCGAGCCACAAUGGACCAUGCGAUUAGAAAGCACGACGCGGGAGCUUCGAGAAAAGGCUUCAGGACAAGGUACGCGUGCCAAAGAGGAAGAGGACGAAGACGAUGUGGAAGCGAUGGGAGACGAUCGCAAUCCCGGUGCAGAAGCAGUAGCAGCAGAAGCAGCAAAGGCGAAGGCACGACGGGAAGACCAAACCAGCAAAAAUCGGGAGCUACACGAGGCACUGCAAAAAGCUAAGCUGGCUGCAGAAGCUUCGACAAAGCGAACCGGUUCCAGAUCGCCAAGGUGGGAUUUUGGUCCCUUCAUGAGCCUGCAUGCGAGCCGCAAGGGACCAUGCGGGCAGGAUGAUCCCAGAUGGCCUUAUGCCAAGCCAGAUGACGGUACCUUUGUUGGUGAGCGCAUCGAGAUGCCCUUUACAGAGCAUGAAUUGUUGAGGUUCGUGGUGAAGUUGGCUUCGCCACGCAUGUUAUGUGUGAUAGGACAUCAAGAUGAGACAAUUGAUGCUUGGUGGUCGGGUCUACGUUCUAUGCUGAUGUUCGAAUGUGAUGCCAGUGUCAAACAAAAGCCAAUCAACAGAAACGGGAGACACCUUGAGCGGCUCCUGAUCGACUUUGAGCUUGCGUGCACAAGACCACUUGACGUUUUUGAGCGCCAGGUGGUGACGUGGAUUAGCCCAAAGCUUCUUGAAAGCAUGAUUGAUUAUGUGUUGCUGCCGCAAGCAUGGGAAGCAAACUUCGUCACAUUAGGUGAGCCUGACGAGGCCUUGCCGAACAUGGGAGCCGUGCUCUCGAUAUGGAGAUUGAGGCAGAUGCAAGCUGGCAAGGCGACAGGGUUCAGUGGGAUACCAUCCGAAGCACUUAGUGCUGUGGCAUUGCAAGCUGCCGAUGUGCUUUAUCCGGUGCUCAUGAAGAUUACCAUCGGUGGAGUUGCACCUCAAGCGCCGGAGGUGGAUCCAUCCAAGGCUCAUCGCUUGAUUACCCGGAAGAAAAUGUUUGCUUUGCUCACUGGCCCGUCUGUGCUCCAAGAUGCGCAGGAUGGCCUCCAGCGGCUCACGGCGGGUCCAACACGAGGUCUGAAUGGAUCGCUCACUCGACCUCGACAGAACCAAUGGUCUUCCGCCCGAGGUGCAGAGCUGCGGAGUUCCGACCGUGAUGGCGAGGGGCUAGGCCGAGAAUUGCAGAUCUCGGAGAUAGCUCAGCGAAGAAUCAUGGCUGGCACCACAAAGAGCCGCCGGCGGACGAGGUUGGUCGUGAGAGGGCUGGUGAUCACCGCCAGCCUGGAGUGGGAGCCAGACGGGCCACGGCUCUUCGCCGUGGCCCAGACUCGUUACUUCCCAGCCAAACAUCUUAAAGGGAGCGGAGAAAAGUCACGCGACCACGAGGAGCAGCGUGACGACCGCGCGGGGCAGGCAGG